AUGACCUGGGUGUUCAAAAAUAGAUCAUCCCAAAAAAUACACGCAUGGCUUUUUAAUUGUAAUUAUUGUAAAAAAUCAUUUGCUGAUUGCAUUACACUUAAAAAACAAAAACGUAUUCACACUGGCAAAAGGACAUAUGCUUGUUCUGCCUGUACAAAAUCAUUAAUUCAAAGGGUCGGAACUUUCGAAGAUCAGCGUCACACCAAGUUAGGUAAUGAAAAAAAUACAUGUUGCUUAGUACCAAAUGCCAUGACUGGACAGUUUGAUACAGAACAAGUGUCAUAUGGAUCAAAAUACACAGAUCUCAAGUCAGAACUUAUGCCAAAAAAGCAAUGCUUUGUACUUAAAGACAGAGAGUGCACUAGACCCUGUUCAACUAUUCUUUAUCAUUCUUCAAGAUCUGAUUCAACUGUUAUGAAUUCAUCAUUAGCGGAGGAAUCCAAGAAAAAUGUUAUUCUAAUAGAACCCGAUGGUCAAAUAUCUGUAAACUAUAAAGAUUUAACACACAUCGAGAAAAAAAAUAAACAGCCAGAAUUUGUUGUACAAAAUUACAACAAAAUAUCCAACAUAAAUUAUACUAAAGUUAAACGCAAAUAUCAGCGUCGUAGCAAGUUUGAUAAUCAAAAAAAUACACGUUGCUUAGUUUCAAAUGCCAUGGCUGGACAGUUCGAUACAGAUAUCUGUGAAGAUGAAUCAGUACCUACAGUUGAUAAACAAUACAUACAAUCAAUUAUAAAUGAGGAUGAUAUGCGUUACAACCCUAUGUCUGUUGCAAGUCCUAAGUCACCUGGAUCAAAAUACACAGUUGUCAAGUCAGAACAUGUACCAAAAAAGCAAAGCUUUGUACUUAAAGACGGAGAGUGCACCAGAACCUGUUCAACUGUUCUUUAUUAUUAUUCAAGAUCUUAUUCAAGCGUUAUGAAUUCAUCAUUAUCAGAUGAAUCCAAAGAAAAUGAUACUCUAAUAGAACCUGAAGAUCAGAAAACUAUAAAAUAA